AUGCCGACGCCUUCUCCAAACCAACCCCCCAAUCGACCGUCACCGGCCUCGCAGUAUGCCUUCUCAACCUGCCCAGAUGAUAUCUUGCAUUCUCCACGCCAUGACGUAGAUGGUCAUCCCGAUCAAGCUCUUAAUGGAGAAGCACCUACCCGCUUCGGGCUGGAAACACAGAGCGAAGGGCUUGGAGCAGCGGAAAGCGCCGAUAGAAAUCGCACGUCAGCUUCCCCUUCUUCAAGAGAUGCUACUGUCUCCCCAGCUCCGCAAUCCAAUGCGACAGCAGUAACAUCUCCGGAACCUCAUGGGAUAGAUACUCCCCUUGCAACGAAAAGCCAAGAGACAGGUCCGGACGGUCCAGCACUACAGACUGCUAGUGCCACAUUCAGCCAAUCUGCCGGGCAACCCUCGAGAGAUCUGGGAGGAUCAGACUCAGCCUUGUGUGAGGAAGACGAUGCCUCUUGCACCCCGCCGUCCAUGGGCUCCGAAUAUUCUAGCAUCCGGGCUAUUCCGUUCGCACCCUCCUCUUACUUGCGCCCCGGCAGUAGAUUUCACGGGACACAGCAAUCAGAACGCCAGGUGUAUGAUGUUCAAGUGGAAAUUAAACAUGUUGAUAUGCGAGAGUCCUUUCUUUGUGGAUACUUGCGCAUCCAAGGCCUAACCGAAGACCACCCGACAUUAACAACCUAUUUUGAAGGGGAAAUUAUCGGAUCCAAAUACAGUUUUUUCACACAGCACGAAGAUUGGGGAGCAAAUAUGAAGGUUGACCUUAGCCAUUGGGCAAAGUUCAGCGCUUUUCGACCGUUUCAUAAACAUGCACGUAAAGGACCAGUGGCUAUUCCUGACGUCACUCAGAAAGAAAACAUCUUCAUGCGCUGGAAGGAACAUUUCCUUGUGCCUGAUCACCGAGUCCGAACUAUCACCGGAGCUAGCUUUGAAGGCUUUUACUACAUUUGUUUCAACCAGCUCAAAGGGGAGGUUAGUGGGAUUUAUUUUCAUUCGAAGAGCGAAAAAUUCCAGCAGCUGGAGUUGAAACAUGUCCCUAAUCGAGGGUGUUUCAGCGCAACGGAGUUCCGGUAA